AGAAGACAAGACGGAACGGGAUGUUUUACAACGGAAUAAACUAACGGAGUCAGCGUAGACUGGUCUCGGGAAUGGAGACAACUGUACGGCCGGCCACAAGCAUGCCAUUUUUUCAUAACGUAUGUGAAAAUUGACCAAUCGUUUUAAUAUCACGAGGCUGACUCAGCUUAAUCCUCCGCAAAUCACGAAAAUUUUCAUAAACAAGACAUCAUCAAAUCAUUAACAAAUCUGAUACUAUGAAAUCAUACUAUUAUUUUUAUUAUUGAUCUCUCUAUAUGUCUGAUCACGCAUUAAGUUAAAGAUCUAAUUAAUGUGUUUUGGCCCACUGCAUACUGUAAAUAUCAUAAUCAACGAUGUCGGAUAAAUAAACUGCUUUUGAACAGUUGACAAAAAAAGUUUAUUGAUUCUUUUCUGAAAUAGUAGUAUUAAUGUUGAAUAAAUCGUACUAAAUGAUAUGAUAUAUUAUCUCCGUUCGUGUUAAUAAUUAAUCUUGAAACUCGGAUGUCAUUUUGUAAAGAAACUGACUAUUGCCUUCUCAAUUGUAAAUCUUGUAAAAAAAAAUAAUUGUAAAUCUUGUUUUGAAAUACUCCGGACAAGGAAAAUAUUUACGUGUUUUUCUUUAACUUCUCAUGCAUUCUAAGAAAUCAAAUGGGAAGUAAUUCUCUCUCAUAACUAACUUAUGAAUGACUAAUUAAGAUUCUGAUAUUUUAUUAAUUUAUAUACUAUUUUAAAAAUUAUAUAAUAAUUUUAAUUGAUAUAUUUACUAUAGAACAUAGCUCAACGAAUAAUCAAUUUGCAGAAUAUAAUUGCUUAAACAUUAAAAUGUAACUAUUUUUAUUGAAUUUUAAAAUUUAUUAAAAAUUGAGAAACAUUUUUAUAAGACAAGAAACAUAUAAUAACCUGUUAUUUGGCUAUAUUAGUGGAACUAUGCCUUUAUAUAUCAUUUUAAAAAUUUAUUAUUUGCUUCUCUUAUAAACUUUUGUUAUAUUUUGAAUUAAAAUUAUUGUUUAUUUGUAGAGUUUUUACAGUAGUUUUUUUUUCUAUAACAUAACAAAAAUAAAAUAGUUAGUAAAAAAUAAAAAGAGACGAAUAAAAAAUCCCGCGCCAGAAGUAUAAGCCUUGUUGGUUUUCAGCUCCAACGUCUCUGUCACUUCUGAUAUAACAAAGGGAUUAAAAUGAUUAAUUAAGCGUUAAACCCAAAUUGAUUAAAUAAAGCUGUGUAGAUUCAGCAGAGAGUGACGACUACGAAGAUGAUGGUGAUCAAUGCCUUACAAAACCUUCUUUAUUCGUCAAGUCGUUUCCUUUCUUUCCCUUUUCUCCAACACUUCCCUGGUUUUCUCCUUCAUCGCUGCCUGUAAAUGGCAGACGGAGGUCAUCUUCAUCAUCUCCCGCCGGAAAAUGCUUCUGAGGUGGCUACCGUCGAAAACACCAAGCUUGCGGAUGCUCCGGUUCUGUUCUUCGUUUACUUCCACAAGGCUUUCCGUGCUCAGCUGGUGGAGCUCCGUCGUUUAGCUACAGACGCCGCUGAAGCCGGUUCAUUUAGCGGCGACCUCGCCGGUGAGCUAUGCCGGAAGUUUGAGUUCUUGAAACUUGUCUACAAGUAUCAUAGCGCAGCUGAAGAUGAGGUUAUUUUUUUGGCGCUGGAUUCACGUGUGAAGAACAUUGUUUCUAACUAUUCGCUAGAGCAUGAUGGCACAGAUGAUCUCUUCACCUCAAUUUUCCAUUGGCUAAAUGUUCUUGAACAUGAGUUAGGGAACGUAUCUGAUGUACUUCGUGAAGUUAUACUAUGCAUAGGCACCAUUCAGUCAUCCGUUUGUCAGCAUAUGCUUAAAGAAGAGCGGCAGGUAUAUCAUUUUUUUCAGUUAAAAAGACAUUAUUUGUCUUCAGAUUUUCUGUAUGUCUUAACCUGCCAUGCUUCAUCCACUCAGGUCUUUCCUUUGUUGAUUGAGAAGUUCACUUUCCAAGAACAAGCAUCACUUGUGUGGCAAUUCAUUUGUAGUGUUCCAGUGAUGGUGUUGGAAGACUUCUUGCCAUGGAUGAUGUCUUAUCUCUCUCACAAAGAGAGAACUGAAGUUGUGAACUGCAUGAAAGAUGUGGUCCCAACUGAAGACUCAUCACAACAGGUCAUAAGCUCUUGGCUGAUGGAUUGUGGGGCUUCUACAAAGAUCUUGAAACAAGUAGAGUAUGAAGAUGUGUCUAAAGAUAGCAAGAACUUAUCUCGGAGUGGAUGUUUUCAACGGCUUUGGCAGUGGAGUAAAAAGCCAGUUUUUAUCCCAAAUGUAGGACACAGCCCUAUCCAUGGUCUUCAGAUUUUUCAAAAUGCAGUUGAAAAAGAUUUGAGAGACAUUCAAGAAGGAUUGUGCCAAGCGAGCUUCCCAAGCCUUCUUCUGGACCUUGAUGUACUCAUGGCUCGGCUAAACUUUCUUGCUGAUGUUCUUGUUUCUUAUAGCAAUGCAUUUAAGAAGUUCUUUCAUCCGGUGUUGGAAGAAAUAGCAGAUGGAUGCUCUUCAACAGCCAAUCAAUUUACCAUAGAUGGCUGUCUUGAGAGUUUUCAGAGACUGCUAUACAAAAGUGCUGAUCCUAAGAUGAGGACAGAUGGUUUUAUUCUGAAACUUCAGGAGGAACUUGAGUCCCUUAUAGUUCAAGUAACAAAGCAAUUUUCCAUACAGAGAAGAGAGGUAUUCCCAAUCAUCAGCAAGAACUGUAACCAUGAAAUGCAGAGGCAGCUCCUUUACACAAGCAUACAUGUCUUACCUCUUGGAUUGCUAAAGUGUGUCAUUCUCUGGUUCUCUGCUCAUCUAUCAGAAGAGGAGUCUCAGUCAAUUCUUCAGUUCUUAACAUUGGAAGAUUCUUCUCCUCAAAAAUCAUUUCCACGCCUCUUGUUGCAAUGGCUACGCUUUGGCUACUCAGGCAAAACAUCUGUUGAGAGUUUCUGGAAACAGCUGUCUGUAAUGUUCAAAAUAAGAUGUUUCUGCAAAAAGGAACCCACUGAAGAAGCAUCAGGAUCCUUCUCCCAUCAAGCACAGCUCCAACUAUGCAAAGAAACUGAAGCUGAUUUGUUUAUAUGUCCUGGGAAAAUAAACAAGUCUUCAACAUGCUUCCUCAUGCCAGAUGCUGGAGACUUGUACCAGACACCUUACUCUAGUAGGAUGAACCAGCAAAUGCUAUUCUCUGGAAAGCUUAAACCUCCUCCUCCUCUCCAUCUUCCAGAGUUUUUUGGUGAGCAGAAUGUUGAUGAGCCAUUCAUGAUGGAUGUUAAACCAAUUGAUCUUCUUUUCUUCUUCCACAAGGCAAUGAAAGCGGAUUUGGACUACCUUGUUAGUGGAUCAGCUAGAUUAGCAACCGACUUUCGGUUCCUUGGGGAGUUUCAACAGAGAUUCCAUCUUAUAAAGUUUCUGUAUCAGAUACACUUUGAUGCAGAGGAUGAGAUUGCUUUUCCAGCACUGGAGGCAAAGGGAAAGCUGCAGAAUAUUAGCCACUCUUUUAGUAUUGAUCAUGAGCUAGAGAUCAAACACUUUGAUAAAGUAUCAUUCAUUUUGAAUGAGAUGUUAGAACUGAACAUGUUUGUCUCAAGUGCAGCCGACCACCACAGAAAGAUGAAGUAUGGGCGGUUGUGUCUGAGUCUCCAGGAGAUAUGCAAAUCCAUGCACAAGAUACUGUCAGAGCAUUUCCAACACGAAGAAACUGAGCUCUGGGGUCUGUUCAGGGACUGUUUUGCUAUUGAAGAACAGGAGAAGAUCAUAGGAUGCAUGCUUGGGAGAAUAAGCGGGGAGAUAUUGCAGGAUAUGAUUCCUUGGUUGAUGGAUUCUUUGAAAUCUGAUGAGCAACAUGUUGUAAUGUCUUUGUGGCGACAAGCAACAAGGAAAACAAUGUUUGUGGAGUGGCUAACAGAAUGGUACAACGGUCAUAUUGUACAAGAGGAAGCAGGAGAAGCAAACAAUGAUCCAUUUGGGGAUUCAGAUCCACUGGAGACUGUUUGGAAGUAUCUAUUUGAAGGAGCUUCUGAUGGGGAUAGAGGGACCAUUGGCAGCAAAAUUUCAGAGACAGACAUGGAAGUGGAUAAGCCACUUGGAAAGACUGCUCCUAAUAACAAAGAAGGUGAACAUCAGCAACUUCCAGAUACUAAAAAGAUAUGCAGAGGAGCUGACAAAAAGGAGGACAAGGAACAAACUGACUGCAAUUGCCAUAUCAAUCCUGCUCAAACUUUUACAAUGUCUCAGAAGGCUCAAUCCAAGAAAUAUGAACACUUGUUAACAAUGAGUCAAGAAGAAAUGGCUGCUAUGAUUAGAAAAAUAUCAUGUGACUCUUCCCUAGAUCCUCAGAAGAAAUCAUAUCUCAAGCAGAACUUGUUAAUGAGCCGUUGGAUUAUUUCACAGAGGAUAUAUAAUCAAGAACCAGCCAUUCUCUCAAGCAGUUUAGGGACAAUUCAAGGUCAGCAUCCAUCUUAUCGAGAUCCUCACAGUUUGGUCUUUGGUUGCAAGCACUACAAGAGGAACUGCAAGCUUCUUGCACCUUGCUGUGACCAGCUCUUCACUUGUAUAAGAUGCCAUGAUGAAGAGACUGAUCACUCGGUGGAUAGGAAACAGAUAAAAAAGAUGAUGUGCAUGAAAUGCCUCCUGAUUCAACCAAUUGGUGCAAACUGCUCAAAUACUUUGUGCAAGUCGUCAAUGGGAAAAUACUUCUGCAAGAUAUGCAAAUUAUUUGACGAUGAAAGGAAAAUUUAUCAUUGUCCCUACUGUAAUCUCUGCCGGGUCGGGAAAGGAUUGGGCAUUGACUACUUCCAUUGCAUGAAAUGCAAUGCUUGUAUGGCACGUUCCUUAAAAGAGCAUGUUUGCAGAGAAAAAUGCUUAGAAGAUAACUGUCCGAUUUGCCAUGAGUACAUCUUCACCUCCAGCUCCCCGGUGAAGGCUCUUCCAUGCGGUCACUUGAUGCACUCUAAAUGCUUUAAGGAUUACACUUGCUCACAUUACACAUGCCCUGUCUGCAGCAAGUCUCUAGGAGAUAUGCAGGUAUACUUUAGUAUGUUAGACGCAUUACUUGCAGAAGAAAAGAUGCCUGAUGAAUACACCAACAAAACUCAGGUGAUACUGUGUAAUGACUGUGGAAGAAAAGGAGAGGCUCCUUACCAUUGGCUAUACCACAAAUGCUCAUCUUGUGGCUCCUACAAUUCAAGGCUUCUUUAGACCUUCCUCCAAUUCACUUGGCUGUGGUAAGGAAACAGUUUUGUAACAUUUGAUGUUGUACAAAAAUAAAACAAAUGUCAAUAAAAUUUGGGUGGUUAUAACCCUGAAAGAUUGAUUUAU